UACGUAUAAUUGCUUGAAUUAGCACUGACAUUGUAAAGAACAGUGAUAAAAAUAUUGCAAAUGAAGUCAUCAAAACACGUAAUAAAUUAUUGUUUAUCUUAAGGUAGAUUGUGUUGAUAACAAUAUUAGCUUCGUCCACUCAGUCGAGGUACGCGUGUUUUGUUGAGCGUACGUACGACACGGCGAACUAAUCUCCGUCUGACUUCAUAGUGCACAAAUAGACGCAUGUGUUUAUAUUGUACAGUUACUUGUGGCACAACAUGGGAGUUCCCAUGGUUAAUAAGUGUUGCUAUUGUGUCAGUCUACACAAGGGAACGCUAAUCAUUGCCUACGCGUAUACAGUAUGGGCGCUUCUGGAGCUGACAGCGUAUUGUUUGCUGGUGACGCUUGCACCUCUGGGCCGCGAGGGCGCCAUCUCCGCAAACAAACACGCUCUCUACGUCACUGCGGCGGCAGUCAGCGGGGUGCACCUGCUAUGCUCUUUGCUGCUCAUUAUAGCAGCAUAUAAGAAGUUGGCGUCGCUCACAUUACCGUGGACGAUAGUGACAGGCAUCCUCACUGCGAUUUUCUUCGUGAUGUGUCUGACGGGCAUCAGUCUCAUCCUUCAGGACUCCGGAGAGAUGCUGGGCGUUGAGGCCGUCGUCAUCUUCGUGCAUCUCAUGAGAGCUUGUGUGUCAGUGUACUGCAUAGUGAUAGUGCACAGCCGGCACAAGCAGAUCAUGUACGAGGAGGACGAGCAGAGGUUCCAGCACUCGGCGCGCCUCUACAAGGCGGUGCGCACCUCAGAACCUGCUGCGUGAAGCGCUGGAGAUGUUCUACACGCUACUUGAAUGUGGGCGCAAAUAGCAAUGCAAAGAAUGAAUACUCACAGUAUGGAAUGCGUUCAAACUAAAUAGCUAAACUGAUUUGUUUCAUCAGACUAGCGAAGUGUCCAAAGUCUAGAAGUUAUAAAUCUGGCGACAAAAAAAUUAAAUUUAUAUUAAAAAUGCUUUAGUCGUAUGUCAUAUUUUAUAGUUUUAAUAAAUAUGUAGAUAGAUAAUUAUUAUAGAUAUAUAAUUUUAAAAUUAUCUUAUUGUAAUAGCUCAGCAUCUUGUAAUACCAAUUAGUGAAUUUGAUUAAAUGGUUACAAAUAUUGAAAUUAUGUUGGGCUGUGGUUAAUUUUAAAUCUCAUUA